CUGAAAAUGCCGUCGGUUUCGAAAACGGCGGCUAAUGCGUCUCCUCAAACCGAGAAACCUACCCACUAUACAUACUUGAAGGAGUUCAGGACAGAGCAGUGCCCGUUGUUCCUCCAGCACAAGUGUACCCAGCACAGACCCUUUACGUGCUUUCAUUGGCAUUUUCUCAACCAGCGGCGAAGACGACCCAUCAGAAGGAGAGACGGCACUUUCAACUACAGCCCCGACGUGUACUGCACGAAAUACGACGAGACCACAGGCAUUUGCCCAGAUGGAGACGACUGUCCUUAUUUACACCGGACCACUGGUGACACAGAGCGCAAGUACCAUCUCCGCUAUUACAAGACAGGCACUUGUAUCCAUGAGACAGAUGCUCGAGGGCAUUGUGUGAAGAAUGGCCUCCACUGUGCUUUUGCUCAUGGGCCACAUGAUCUCCGACCUCCAGUCUAUGAUAUCAGAGAGAUCCAAGCACAAGAGGCCCUUCAAAAUGGACAGCUGGGAUCUGGGGAAGGUAUUCCUGAUUUACAGCCUGGUGUAUUAGCCAGCCAAGCUAUGAUCGAGAAAACUCUGACAGAAGACCCUCGGUGGCAAGAUACCAACUUUGUUUUAGCCAAUUAUAAAACAGAUCAGUGUACUAAGCCCCCAAGACUAUGCAGACAGGGCUAUGCUUGCCCCCACUACCACAACAGUAGAGAUCGAAGACGAAAUCCACGAAAGUUCAAAUAUAGGUCAACUCCUUGCCCAAAUGUCAAACAUGGGGAUGAAUGGGGUGAGCCCUCAAAGUGUGACAGUGGAGACAGUUGCCAGUAUUGUCACUCACGAACUGAACAGCAGUUUCACCCAGAGAUCUACAAAUCUACCAAGUGCAAUGAUAUGCGUCAAACUGGAUACUGUCCCAGAGGGCCGUUUUGUGCAUUUGCACAUGUAGAAAGAAUUCCCUCCACAGAGGAGGCCAUGAGUUCAUUGUUAACAGCGAUACAGUCGAGUUCACAGUCCCAGCUGGGCUCUCAGCAGUAUUCGGAGUGUCCGGUCAGUGAGUGGAACAGUGGAGGAAACUCCACCACCAGCGCAACCAGUAGCAACGGACAAGUGGGAAGUGUUUCAUGUUCUAAUAGCUCGACUGUAACGCCAAGCUCAGGAAGCGACAGUUUGUUAUCCCCUGUGGGAUCCAUCAGCAGGCCCAAAUCCUUAACUAAUACUAGUUUAUGUUCAGAGUCAACCACAUCCAGUGUCUCAUCUCUGACGUCUAACUAUCCUAAAGCUCCGGGCUUUGAACGUGAGGAUCAGAUUAAAAACAAGGGUCAGGGGGAUCAAAAAUUGAUGGACCAAGAAAAACAGACACAAAAUACUGUAUUCUCUGCGGUGAACCCUUUGGCAUCAAGCUUUACCUCCAGUAUAACAUCCAGCUUGGCGUCUAGUAUUGGCUCAGAUAGUUCUUCACCCACCACCUUAUCAACAAUGAAUGCAAAAGCCACUCCUUUCUAUCCAGGGAGCAACACGGUGGAGUCUGUCAUAGAUGUAUUUCGCUUUCCCUCAGGAUCCGCUCUGGACCUCAACUUUAGUGACAUUAAUGUUGCAUCUCUUGAUAAGGAGUUAGAGGAGCAAGACAACAGUGUUGGGUUGGCAGGUCAAAGGGUGCUAGGUGGAUCUGCUCCUGUUAACAUUCCCGGCUCCCUGGCAAGAUCGUCCUCUUUUAAUUCCUCGUCAUCACUCUCCACCUCCCCACUAAGCUCCCUGUCCCAGUCCCUGUCGCAAUCCCUCCUGUCUGGGGCAGUACCGCAGCAAAAUCAACCUUCAAAUAUGUUAGCCAAGCAAGAGCAUGGCCUCAUGGGAACACCCACCUCCUCUUCCCAGAACUCUUUGGGCUUAAAUGGAGGAGCCAGCAACAUUUGGGACUUUGUAAGUGGCAGCUUUUCACCGAGUCCAUCUCCAGUUUUCAGCAGCCUAACCUCAACAACCAGCAAUGCUGACCUGGCCCGCCUUUUUAGAGAGCUGGACGAAGCCAAGAGGAAGAUCAAACAAUGGGAGGAGGCCUGGCAUCAGGUCAAACAAGCCUGUGAAGCAUGCCAGAAAGACGCUCAUGAAGCAAAGGAACAAGCAAAAACGGCAGAGGCAGAGCGGCAGCUGGCAGAACAGAAAUGGGAGGAAACAGAGCGCAAGCUGAAAGAGCUCCAAGGGGACUUUGAUGUGCUUUGUCGCACCCCUGGAACACCUCUUCUGCGUAGCUAUGGAGAGCUGGACCAGCUGCCCUUGUCAAAGCUUCACUCAAUCCAGAGUCAGCUGCGUAAUGACCUAGACCUUGUAGACGGGGUAAUAUAUCAGCUUCAGUCAAAGAAAUGUAUAGUUUGCCAAAAGCAUGAUCGUUGCAUUGUUCUGCAGCCUUGCCAACAUUAUGUACUAUGUGAGAACUGUGCACCUAGCAAAACAGAAUGUCCCUACUGUAGAACGAAAAUAUUGAAGUGGUGAUGUACAAUUACUCAAGGUACUAUUUAAAGAAUAAGCCCUCUGAAAAACUACUAAUAGAUAUUACAUUUUCUAAAUAGCAAUGUCUGUUCCAUACAGUGGUUGAAUUCAUUUAGAACAAAAUGAUGUUUGACUGAGAAAACAAAUAGUAUUACAGAUCAGAUUAUGUACAUGGAAUUCAGUCGUUUGCUCAUUUUAUGUGAACAUUACCAGAGCAACCAGACAGCUUGCUGUAUGGAAAGCCAGGCACUCAAAUUAGAAUAUGAAAUGACCUUGCGGUGCCCUUUCUCAAAUCUUCAAUCGUGAUUCAGACGCUCUAAAGGACAUAAAUUUUGUGUCAAGAUAUCUACAUUCGGUUUACACUUGGUUAUAAAUACAUUUUGGCUAAUCAGUGAAGUUGCGCUUUCCCCAAACAAAAUGCAAGUAUGCAUUGCCAACCUGACAUAUUGCUCUUACAGGAAAUACAAAAUUACAGAUAAAUUAAAUAGCAACAGGAACAAUAAACUUGGUUAAAAGCUUAAUACACAAAGAUAGUUUGUGUGAGUUUGUAUUUCUGGCCACGUCUUGCUGGUUAUGGAUUGGUAAUACUUAACACUGCACCUUGGUAUUUGUGUGGAUAAAGCUCUAAUCUCCUGGGGUGGGAUCUUCUCAACUUAAGUCUGCCCAAAGCAAAUUCGAAGGCAUUUCAUCCCCAACUUCUCAGAAAAUCCUGUGGAGAUGUUUAUGAAGCCGGUAAAAGGUUUUAGUAAAUCUCUUCCAUUACAGAUUCUUGUAUAUGAAGAAAGGAAGCUUGUCUUUUUAUAACUUUAAUAGUCAGUCUGAACUGAAAAUGGAUAUAUAUUAGAGUUUUAAAAUACAUAAAAAAGUCCAUCACAUACUGUAAGUCUUAAAGUCAUUCUGACAGUGGAAAAAGUUGAACCAAUUAUGCUUCACUAUAAUAUCAAAGGGAGCUGCCUGCUAGGACCAUGACCUUCACUGGGGAAUGUUAGCAAAAAAAAUUUCUCCUUUAUGGAUCAAUAGAUCAAAUUUUACCAAUUUAUAGCCAAAGCCAUCGCUAAUAUUUUACCAGAGUAACUAGUGUCAGUUCAGGCUGGGAUCUCGAAAUCACUGUGUAAAUGUUAUAAAACACACUGCUGGGAAAAGGUGAGUUCACUUGCGAACUACACCAGUGAUGUUAAACAUAAAAUGGGCAAAACUCAAAGCUGAUUUUUCUUUAAUUAAAGAGGAAUGUAACUAAUACUUAAUUGAGGAAUCGUAUUUUUUUAUUAGCUUAAUUAGUCUCGAAUUCUAGGGGAGAGGAAAAAAGUGUGUACUCACAUCAUUUCACAGAGCAUGGAGCUUCCAAAACUGGCAUGUGUGAAAUGGGGCCCAGGUCCAUAUCUUUGUAUCAGAAAGCACUGCAACGUUUAGAAGCACCACACUCUAAGGACUGUUGAUUCAACACUGUGGAGAGUAAUUAAUGGAAAAGUAUUCAUCUUUUGCCAAAGUGUUGUCCAACACUAGAGACUUAAUCUGCAGACUUGCAAAAUGUUUUACAUCCGAUGAGUAAUUAGUGCUGAACGAAGACCUGCCUGUAAAUCAGAAGCAGUAAAUCAGACCAAAACACAUGAAUAAAUGCUAUCAUUUCGCAGCAUUCCUCUUUAAGUAAAGACACAUUUUGCUAAACCCCCAAAUUUUCAUUAAUAUUUAAUGUAACCAGUCAAGCAUCAUUAUUUUGACCAACUUUCUGAAGAAGUUUGAUUUCUUAUUAAAGCACUUUGUUGACCUGGGACUUUAUUAAAGGGUAUAUAGAAUUUUGCUUUAAGCUGCUUUGUAGGUAUUCCUUUGUGUCUUUUUUUU